UACCACCUUGUAUCUCUACAUGCUCUUUCUACACAAACAUUUCUUCUCUGAACCGAAGGAGACAACAGGUUCUGUUGGACCCACAUUUGAAACUCCACAAAUUCCCCUGCCAUUCCCACACUCUCUCACUCACCCUCCCCCCAUGUGCUUCUUCUUCAUCUUCUCUUUCAUUCCAUGUGAAGCAAGCAUCUCACAAACCCAGGGACUGGCAUAAAGGGUCCUAAUCAAACUCCGACUGGACUGAGAUUUCGAAUUGAUUGUCAUUCUCCCUUGGAUAUGGACCCCCGUACUCGUAUCGAUCACGCGCUUUUUCAGCUCACCCCAACUCGCACCAGAUGUGACCUCGUUGUUGUUGCUGGAGGUGUGAGUGAGAGCGUAGCUUCAGGGCUCUUAGAACCGUUUCUUGCUCAUCUCAAGACCGCAAAGGAUCAGAUUUCGAAAGGUGGGUAUUCUAUUGUUCUUCGCCCUCCAGGUGCUCACGCUCCAUGGUUCACCAAAGCCACCCUCCAGAGGUUUGUGAGAUUCGUAAGCACGCCAGAAGUAUUAGAAAGGCUUGUGACAAUAGAGAAAGAGAUUGAGCAGAUUGAAGGUUCUAUUCAAUCAAGUGAGAACAGCAGCGUGGGAGCUGAGGCAGAAGAUUGGAACUCCAAAAGGUCAAAUACUAUCUCCAAGCUGAAAGAUGAACUUAAUGGAACCAAUCAAGUUGAAUGUGAAGAAAAUUCCAGGGUUCGCCUUCAACGUGUUUUGGAUAAUCGUAAAGCAAUGCUUCGCAAAGAGCAAGCAAUGGCAUAUGCUCGUGCUUUAGUUGCAGGAUUUGACUUGGACUCCUUAGAUGAUCUCAUAUACUUUGCUGACACUUUUGGAGCAUCUCGUUUAAGGGAAGCAUGCAUUAAUUUCCUAGAACUGUGCAAGCAGAAGAAUGAAGAUAGGCUCUGGAUAGAUGAGAUAGCUGCAAUGCAGGCACAUUCACAUCCAGAAUUGCCAUACUUGAGAACAUCAGGAAUUAUACUAGCUGGUGAAGCUAAUGAUCCUGGUGGGAAGCAAAAUGGCUUAGUUGAUGCAUCAGUCUCUGAGUCAACCCCAAGCCAUGCAAGUCUGGACAUUAAUCAAGACAAUGGCUUGCCAACGUCAGCUCAAACACACUUAACAGAUGGAAGGACUCUAAGGCCAGUGCCAUGGCCAAAUCAUCUUCCCCCGUAUCACCAUUUUCAGGGUCCUGUCUUUCAACAAAUGCCACCUUAUCCAGGCUAUCUGUACCCUGGUAUGCAGGUUCCCUCCUCAUAUUUUCCAGGAAAUGUGCAUUGGCCUCCAAACAUGGAAGAUUCCCAUUCUGUCAUUGACCAAGAGCUGGAUGAUCAUCGGAAUCGUAAAGAAUCUAGUAAAAAGAAGAAACAUUCCCAAGCACAGGACAAUUCUGAAGAAUAUGAAUCAACUGCCUCUGACAACUCUAGUUAUGGGAGUGAUUCAGAGAAACGAGCUAAACAUGGAAAAAAGAAACUUGGAAAGAAGUCCUCAAGGAAGGUUGUUAUCCGCAAUAUUAAUUAUAUAACCUCUAAUGGAGAUGGUGAAAAGGGUAGUGUCUCAGAGGGGAGUUUGUCAAAUAAUGAAGAAUACAUCAAUGGGGAUUCCCUAAAGCAUCAAGUAGAGGAAGCUCUAGAUUCGUUGGAGAGAAGACACAAGUCAACCUCCCGUCAUCACAAGAAAAGAGAUAGGACAAAACUCCCUGGCAAGCAAAACGGUAGUGCUACUGGUCAGGAAACUAGAGCAGUAACUAAAGACAAUGACAACUGGGGUGCUUUCCAGAGUCUUCUUUUGAGAGAAGAGGAGCCUACAUCUGGUGCACAAAAGCAUCCUUUACAGUUUGAGGACGAAUAUGCUGGGAAUAAAAAUUUUGAGCAUGAAGGGUCAUCUGCAUUCCAAUUAAAAUCUGACAAAGUGACGAAAGCAGUUUCAAAUGAUUCCUUUAUUGUGGCGGGUGGAAAAUUUGACUGUGGGAAUCAAACUCGUAUUGAAUACUAUAAGGAAGGCAAUGAUGGAUUUCCUAUUGUGAAGAAAAUAAAUAGCACAGAUGAGGAGUUUCUGUUUUCACAGAGAAAUGAAGAAUCAGGGAACUAUACUUCUGUUCUACCUAGCUUUGGCACAGUGUCUUCCCUCACUAAAUGCCAUAAAGAAGAGGACUGGUUCAUUGUCAGCCAGUCAGGUAAACCAGCAAAUGAAGAUAAAAACAAAGAUUUUAGUAUUUUCAAAGGGGAUUCCAUUUCAUCAUCAGCUACUGGCGGUUCUCAUGCUGGAAACAACAACAAAGGUGUAGUGGCCGAUGACUCUUUCAUGAUCCAAUCUCGUUCAUCAGAAAACCAGUUCAGUUCUCUAUCAGCAGCACAAAUGAGCUUGGAUUCAGACAUUAUUUCUACGGAAUUGGCAAACAGCAGGCAAGAAAGUUUGCAAAAUAGGAAUGAAAAAGUAAAUGCCCAUGAGCCAAAUGAUCUUUUUAUGGUGCUUGAUCGUGAAACAGCUGUGGAGCAGAGAGUGGGACCUUGGACUUUAGAGAUGGACUAUGAAAAUGACAUUUCGUCAAAAGAACAAAAUAGCAAGUCUUUGAAUGUUGAAGCAGAUGAAAAGCAGCUGUCGAACACUAAGGGCACAGAUACCAAAACUUCUGGAGUUCGAACUGGGAAAGUUUUGAGUAAAGAGAUCAAGUCUAAAGCCCUAAAUGGAUCUCUUGGGAAGAGCAGAUCUGAUAUCACAUCAAGAAGCAAAGCAUCCCCGGGAAGCAGAACCACAACAGUGAAGAGCAAAUAUGAAAAGGAAGAAGAAAAUAGAAAGAGAAGGGAGGAGCUAAUGAUUCAGCGCCAGAAAAGAAUUGCCGAAAGAAGUUCUAAGACGGGAACAGGAAAUAAGACUUCCUUAACUUCAGUAAAGAAUGAGAAGCCUAAUCAUCCAUCUACGGAGGAAAUGAAGAAAUUGCACAAACCAGUCCUCAGGAAUUCAACUAUUGAGCGCCUUGCUGCUGCUCGAGUAAGUCAGAAGGCUUCACUGCCUCGAGCAAAAUCUGGUACAACAAAGAAACCUCCCUCGAAGGCAAAUGGGCUUCCUCCAAAAAAGACUGCUAGUGCAGAAAAGAAAAAACUGGGUCCCAAAGAAGUCAAAUCUUUGAAUAAAAAAGAUGACAAGAAGCACCAAAAUGGAGUCCUUCCUUCUGGCACUAAUGCUCAGACUCCACAUGACAUUGAAGGUGAAUUAGUGUUGCCAUCAAAACAUAGUGCUACCCAAUCUGUUGAACCAAAUGAUUUCAAUGUUGGAUUAAAAGACAUUACAGAGAUACCCAGGACUUCUACAGAGAACAAUGCAGGACAUUUGAUUUCAGAAAGAGAUUCCAUGCUUGAAAACUCUAUGCCAAAUCAAGGUCGCACAUUUGGAACAAAUCUGUCAAAAGUUGAAGUACUGGACAAGAUAUCUUCAGCUCCUAGAGAAGAUAAACCAGAAAAUGCUGCUGAUGUGAUCAUAAAUCCUAAAGCAGCAUCACUGGACAAUGCUAUAACUGUGUCUUCUGUGGAUUCCAAGGUCUAUCAUGAAUCACAUGAAAAUUCUCCUGCCUCAACUAAAAUAUCUGGGAUAGAAAUUUCCACCCCUCCACCUACUGGUGGCUUGAUGUCAGAACCGGUCCAUUCCCGGAAGAAAUGGAACAGUGGUGAGGAUUCUUCUAAAGCUGCAAAAGGGUUUCGUAAGCUUCUUUUCUUUGGGACAAAAAGUUGAGAUACCUCUGUAGACUGAUGUUGUGAAAAUUUGUUUAUGACAAGCAACUGAAGAGUUCUGAUUACUUAGAAGCCCUUGUUACCCGUUCUUUGGGCUACUCAACUACCGGUGUGAAGACAGUUUCUUCAUAAGAAAUGGUCAUCAAUAUCAUAUUGAAGAUUGUAGCUAUUUUACUGCUUGCCAGACAUAACAAUAAGCUGUCAUGUGCAGGGAUUUGUUUGUAAUGUAACUUAUAUGGCAUAUCCUCUGAAGAAAAGGUCACGCAGGCAAUCGUUACUUUGUACGGGGCUGAUUCUCUUUUGUGAAUGCCAGAAGCUGUAACGUUCGUUCUGCAUUCAGAUUUCAUAUUAAGGUUCUUUUGUUUUUUUUUUUUUCAAUUUAAAUUGGGAAGAUUUUUUUUUUUUUCAAUUUUUGAUGUUGGGGGUUUUUUGUAAUGAAGCUUCAUUCUGUGCAUUCAAGGAACAUGUGCUUGAUUAUCCAUCACAAUAUGAAAUAAAAUUUUAUACCUUAAAUUUA